AAGGUGUGGUGGCUGGACACCUUCCCACACUACCACAGUACCACGUCAUCGUCCAGGGAGACAGGCCAGUGUAGAGAGAGCACCGGAAUAAAAUCGUCAGUAGCCACCUGAAAGUUGCCAGAGAUGAUGACUUGGUCUCGUCAACUUCUAACACUGCUCACCGUUGUGGUAGGACAUCUGGUGGACGGUGAGUUCAUAUGCUCCGGGGAUGGGUUUCAGUGUUCCAGCUGCAAUACUUUGGCCUACUGCUCCAACGACAAGAUGCAUAUGGAAUUCAGUUGUCCCCCAGACCAGUGGUGCAGCAGCCCAGGAGGUUGUUUUACUCUUGAAAAUGAACAACUGAAGGAGUGUAAGUGCACGAGUUCCCGGGGCUUUAUGGCGGACCCCUUCAAUACUCAGAAAUACAUCAUGUGUGUGGGUGAAGGCUCCCAGACGAACUUGACUUGUCCUGAAGGCAAGGCGUUCAACGUAAAGACUUCGUGUUGUGAGAAACAACCACCUCUUGAGUGUAAUAGGACUGGAUUCUUCCCCGUGUUGCCCUCCUGCACCAGCCACUACAGCUGUAUUCCUGACGGCUCGGGGGGAUACACAGCAGCUGGCCUUACUAAGUGUACUGAGACAGAUUUCGUGUUUGACACCGCUUCACUGGAAUGCGUUAACAAGACGACGAUCCAGGUUAGUCCAGAGCCCACGUGUCCGUCUGGGGAUCUGGUUGCAGCUCUGGACAGUUUAGAGUGCAACGCCUUCCAUCUGUGUCAAGAGGGAACCGUUAUCAGUGGCCCCAUCUGCUGCCCCGUUGAAGGUCAGGUGUUCAAUGUGGACUCCAUGAUAUGUGAGGAGAACACUGAACAAGUGGAGUGUCCCUCCAUCAACCCGUGUGAUGAUCAAGAGUACACUUACAAGUGUAACAGGACACAGAUGCUUUCUGAGUGAGUGUCUUUUCGAUCUACACUUAUCCAUAGGUCCAAGUACUGUACACUACACUACACUUCAGUACACCACACUACACACUGAAGGAAACGUAGAUAUUCUGUUCAAAAAUAUACCCAGACGUAAUCACACACACACACACACACACACACACACACACACACACACACACACACACACACACACACACACGCGCGCGCGCGCGCAGGAGACAAACUGAUUUUUUUGUAAUUCCCAAAGAUUUAAAUAAAAUUUGUGAACUUCAUAUUUAAUAAAGAGUUUUGUGAGUUAUUAAUGACUCAUUGUUAGGUGGAGGAAGAAAUAUUUCAAAGAUAAAUAAAAAUCUAACUUAUUUAGUUAUGAUUGGUUCCUUUCUCAGGUGAUUCAUUUAACUCUGUGAAAAAUAUUAUAGCAUAUAGAUCUAAUAAUUAAGUUGUGUUUUAAGUUAUGUUGGAUGUAUUUAAAUUAUCUGGCUAGAGAAAACAUUCUGUUUGUACUCAAAUUUUAAAGAUGAUAUUGAUCAAGAAAAUUAAUAGUUUGGUCAUAAAAUGAAUAAAUAGA